AAACAAAAUUAGUAUUAUUGCCGGCGAGAGAGGGAGGGGAGAGAGACAGGGAGAGAGGGAGAGAUUUGGUCAUCAGCAGCGAACGAUUCAACAGCAAUAGUUAGAAUACUACUACUUGUUCUACUUUCCCGGCUAAAUUCAGAGAUACAAAGAGGAGGGGGAUUGGUUGAAUUUGUAAUCAGGUCUUCCGAUGAGUGCUUCAAGGUUCAUCAAAUGCGUUACGGUUGGCGAUGGUGCGGUGGGCAAAACAUGCUUGUUGAUUUCUUACACCAGCAAUACCUUUCCCACUGAUUAUGUCCCGACCGUGUUUGACAAUUUCAGUGCAAAUGUGGUUGUCAAUGGGGCCACUGUUAACCUGGGCUUGUGGGACACUGCUGGACAGGAGGAUUACAAUAGGUUACGACCUUUGAGUUAUCGUGGGGCAGACGUGUUCAUCUUGGCAUUCUCUCUCAUUAGCAAGGCUAGCUAUGAAAAUGUUUCCAAGAAGUGGAUCCCUGAGUUGAAACAUUAUGCUCCAGGCGUUCCAAUAGUACUUGUUGGAACAAAGCUUGAUCUGCGUGACGAUAAGCAAUAUUUUGCUGACCAUCCUGGUUCCGUGCCCAUUACUGAAGCUCAGGGAGAGGAGUUGAUGAAGAUGAUAGGAGCACCUUCUUACAUCGAAUGUAGUUCUAAAACACAGCAGAAUGUAAAGGGGGUUUUCGAUGCUGCCAUUAAAGUUGUGCUCCAGCCUCCCAAGGCAAAGAAAAAGAAGGGAAAGGGAGCUUGCUCUAUAUUGUGAUCACAUAUAAGAUCGAGAAGAAAAACUGUUCCUCUAUUCUUGUUGGUUCUAUAAGUCUUGUCCUUUUCUGUUCCCUUUGUCUUGAAGGAAGUUAGAAGAGUCAUGAUAUGAUGUUUCUCGGCUUUAAGUAAAAGUAAUCUACGUGAAGAAUCAGCUGGUUUUUCUCGAACGCGUAUUACUUAGAUCAUAAACCUUUUUCGAGUAACACUACUUAGUACUACUGCUUCUCAGUCUGUCACUUUAAGUUUGUUCUGAUUAUUAAUUGACUCAUGAUCCGGUUGGGAUAACUGUCUGUCUUGCCUUUUAUACUACUUUAUUUCAAAUCAAACAGUCGAAGAUGUUCUAAUAUACCUUUCUAAAUGUGUAGUUACUUAA